CUGCCGUACGGCAAGAUGGCGGCCCCCAGGCGCGGCAGGGGCGCCGGAAGCGCGGGCGGGCCGAGCGGAAGCGGCGCCCGGCGGCGAGCGGGCGGCGAUGGCGGACGAGGAGGAGGACGCGCCGUAAGAUGCAUGAUGUAUGGAUUUGGGGAUGACCAGAACCCUUACACAGAAUCAGUGGAUAUUCUUGAGGAUCUGGUAAUAGAGUUCAUCACAGAAAUGACGCACAAGGCCAUGUCAAUUGGCCGUCAAGGUCGUGUACAGGUUGAGGACAUUGUCUUUCUGAUCCGCAAGGACCCCCGGAAGUUUGCCAGAGUUAAGGACCUCCUGACUAUGAAUGAAGAACUGAAACGAGCCAGAAAGGCCUUUGAUGAAGCAAACUAUGGAUCUUGAUUUUCUGCGCAUGCUGCACGGCUUGGGCACCUCCUGCCCAAAAGCAAGGAAUUAAUGUGUAUCGUUGGAAAUUUUUUUCCGGAUGGAGAUCAGUGCUAGGAUGUCUGCCUUGGCUCUCAGCCUUUACUCAGAAGUAUUCAAGCCUCUGAAUGUUAUCUGAUUGUAUGUGGUAUAUUUAGGUAUUUUUAUACCCUUUUUUGAAAUUCAGGAAGCGUGAAAGUGAGCUCUAAAGGUUCUUCUAAUGUUGAGAAGUCUGUCUGAAGUAGGACUAUAUUCUGUCAGGUAUCUAGAGGGCUAAUGAGAGCUGAUUCUUUACAACUGCUUUAGUCAUUAUUAGAUAUUCCCUUGACAGGAGACCUAGAAAAUGGCUCUUGGAUAACUAGGCAAACUGUGCCUUUAAGCACAAACCAUUAGAACUUCUCCUCUCUUCCCUGUCCCUGCUCCAUAUAUGAUCUUUGAAUAAAACAUCUUACACUCAUACCCAGUCCUCAUAACUAAAAUUACAUUGAUGAAUUCUCACAAGUUGCAUAAUAUGGAUUUCUUAGCACUAAUGAUCACAUAUUCCUACUCUGGUAGGAAGGUUUUUUUUUUCUUCUGCCUCAGCAGACAUAGCUCUCUUGCUCUCCUUUCCCUCUAGGAAAUGGGAUUUCACCUAUCGCAGAUUUACUUGCCCUUAGAUGCUUGCCUUCUGCCUUUGUUAGGCAGGUGCUCCAUAGUAAAGCUGUUUCCUGAGACAGUUUUUCCAUAGUCUUUCCUGGUGAUCCAGAUCUUGAGCCUUAGUUACAAGCAAGAGCUGGUCAGAAAGCACUAACUGCAUUGCUUGCUCUAACAGGUAUUAUUCCCUGAAUGGAUGUUGGAGUAGCUCCUCCUUACUUUGCCAAGCAGGCAGCAACUGUAGUUGCAUUAAAAAGAUUGCAAGAGGGUGGGAGACAUGCUUGCAGGUAAGGAGUGCAGUCAGCUUUUCACCCUUUCUGGAGCAGCUCAAAGGCAUAUGGUAGAUUCAGCUACCUCUCCCCCUCCCCCCCAUUUCAGGAUAAGGAUAACAAAUGCUGAACAGUGAUAACACUGCAAGUCAAGGCACUAUAAGCAGAAGGAAGACUUCCUUGGAAAAGAAGUGGCAAGUCUUUUAUCCUAAGCAGCAGUAGGUUAUCAGCUACAGCCUUCUGCCCUGGAUGGGACCUAUUUGCACUGCAGAUUUGACAGCAGCAUUUAACAUGUGGUACAGCAGUAGAGAAGGGGUGCUGACUUAGAAGCAACUCAAAGCCAUUGUUCCUGGGCAAGGCUAGCUCAAAAGAUGAUGGCUAGUCUCCUGUUUGGGACACUCUUCCAUAACACAUGGCUUGACAAAAAUUUUAGUUUAACACGAUUAUUACUUUCUUAGCAGUGCAACCCUACUUGAGUAGAAUUCAGGGUGCGAGUAACCAAGCCGCUAUCAGGGUUCUGAGGAUUUUUAUUAGAAAAAAAGCAAACAAGAUCAGAAUGACUUAACCCCUUUCCUGGUCCCAGCCCAGGAUCAGACACCCAUUGCUGCAAAAAUAGAAUCAAUAUCCAUGUUCUCAGUAGCUUCUUUCAGCAUAGAGCCAGGGUUUUCUUCCAACAGCAGCCGCAUAGGGGUCCCUGGUUUGCUUAGUUCUCCAGCGGCUGUAUCAGCAUUGGUACCUCCUUCAUGACCCAAAGACUCAGCUUGGUAAACUGGGAGGAAGAAUGAAGAACUGCUGUCACAGAUUCCAGAAAGCUCAGAAGCUUUUUGCUGAACAGGCUUCGAAGUUUUCUUCAACAGCUUGGACCAUUUGAUCUUUCUUUGACAGGACCAUGCCCCACGGUACUGCUUUGGCCGGCACGCAUUUUGUGAGCCAGAGAGGAGGUAUUUACAGACGGAUGUUUUGACAUAGCCAAGUUUCUUCUGCAAGCUUAAGGGGAGGAAGGUGGACAAAACGUUACUUUAGCAGCUGAUAAAAAUAGGUUAUUUGGGGUUUUGAGAGAUUUGGUAUUAGCCUUCUCUACCAUUUUCCUUAUCAUACCCUGGAGAUGCAACAGCAUCUUGUACAGUAGUAGCCAGGGCAUUCAAAAGAAAGCCAACAUUCCUUACACUAUAUAAUAGUUACCCAUUAGACAAGCACACAGUUCAAGUUGCAUUUUCAUCUUCCCUUUAAUUAUGUAUUCAUGCAUUUGUUAACCUUUUAAAUCCUUUCCCAAAUGAGUGAUACUAAACAACAGGUUCAUAUUGGAAUGCCUAGUGGCCAUAACUGUUGAUCCUGUUUAAAAAAAGUAGGUUAUACCACUGCAUUUCCCCAUGCUGUUGCAAAACACACAUUAUUAAAAUGUAAAGUAUCAGACCAAGAAACCCCACAGUCACAUAAAAUUACCUGCAUCCUUGAGCUUCCACAUGGUGCAGCCGGUUGCUUUUCAAUAACUUGUUACGCAGAAAAUAAGCUGCUGAUUUGAGUUUGUUGCCCUUGCACCACAGAAUAGCUUUUCUGAGUGCCUCUGACAAUUCCCCAAAAGAGGUAGCUUUUUGAAACAUCUGUACAAGAGAUCUAGUAUGCUGUGAUUUUGCUAUACGACAGCAAAGUGACACUGACUCUGCUUUAGAAGGCGUUGACAUGACACUUAUAUCCUGUAACAAAGCAAAAUGGAAGCAGUCAGCCUUUUAAAAACACAACACACCUGAUCCUCUGUUGGAAAGAAGCAGAGCAUUGAGGUAUUUGUGACAACGUUCUUUACUUUAUAAGGAGAAAGUAGAAGAGCAGUCUUGUUUACCAGAAUACGAAAAGAAGAGGCAGACAAUUAAAACUUGUAUUGCUGUCUACCAUUGACUUGCUCUUGUGUUUUCACUUGUAUUUCCCUUCUGUGAAAUAAAGAAUGAGAUACCAAUA